CUGCAUCCAGCUCCAUUCUCUAGCUCCAUCCCUCUUUCUCAUCCCCGUGCUUCCACAAAUAUGCAGCGCUAGAUGUGCAAAGUCGCUGGCAUCCCCCCGUUCCACCGGAGCGAGCGCCGCCACCGGGUCUCGUCCCCUCCGCUCCCUCUCCCCUGUGCCGUCGGCGCACGCCCCGGCCACGGUGCGGUCGCGGCAGACCUUCAGCUGGAUCUGCACCUCGCACAGCUUGCAUGCCGGCGUCCUCUUCCACUCCUUCCCCUUGGACGGCCACCCUCAGGUUCUCCGACGAGAUCCGCGUGUGACGCGCCGCGUGAUGGAGACAUCGACAUCAGGGGUCUCUCCCUCCCGUCCGCGUCAAGGCCGGAGGGGACUGCCGGCGGCGGACAGCAAGCGAGCGAGCGUACGAUGGCCGCCCUCGCCGUCGGGAUGGCUCGCUGCAGCGGCAUCCUCCUCAUCCUGAUUCUCUCCGUCGGGAUGGCCUCAGAGUCCGCGCUGGUGGGCGACAGGUGAGCCACGGGCUCGCUGUCGUGGUGCGGCGCUGGGAUGCAUUGCGCCUCCUGCUCCCCACUCGCCGGGAGCCCCUGCUACGCCACCCUGUGCACCCCGUUCGCCGCGGCGGCCUCCAACACUGCCGGUGCGGUCAGAAACAGUCUAGAUGCUUUAUUAUUUACUAAAACAGGGAGUGCGGGUUGAUAUCAUUUAAACCGAGGGGCCUUUUUGAAAAACUGCCACGACGACGGACGACAGAAACCCAAUUCUCUUUAUUUAUUAUAUAUAUAUAUAUAAUAUAAUAUAAUAUAUAAAUAUAAAAUAUAUAUAUAUUAGGUAAAGAUAAAGAUAAAGAUAUAUAUAUAUAUAUAGACGUAUAAUCAAUACAGCGAAUACUGCAUUGCCAAAUUAUCUCUCAACAGGGGACAAGGAAGAAACGGACGAGGGAAGCAGAGAGAACGAACAGUUUCCGUUCCCGCUCCGUUUGCACUUUGGAAAUCGAAGAAAAGAGUCGGUGUUUACUUCCAAUCCGGACCCAAGAAUUUGUUUUUACUUCUUUUCUUCCAUAAUUCCAUGAUCCGAAGUAGUAGUUCCCUUUUUUUAACAUCACCGAAGUAGUAGUUCCUCGUGUCAUCAUGUGGCCAAUUUGUAUUCUUAUCCAGUAGUCAUCCAGAGGUUAACGGGAAGCUCUCUUUCUCUUCCUCGGCUCGGUUUCUGUUUCUUUCUUUCCUCCUACUCCAAGGCUGCGACGGCCCCGGCUUCCUUCUCAAGACAGACGGCGGCUCAUGACCGACCCCAUAUAAGUAGGCACGACCCCACGACCUCCUGGCCACCAUAGCAACACAGGCAGCGACAACUUCUUCACGCACGCAAGUUUUCGAUCAACCGAUCUCAGUUUUCGGGACCUGAUGGAGAACAAGGGAGCGGCAGCGGCGGUGCCGGAGAAGGAGGCGGCGCAGGCGCCAGCGUCGUCGUACUUCAAGAGGACGGUGGAGCUGGCCAAAGACCAGUACCGGCAGCUCGAGGCGCCGGCGAAGGAGCACUGGGCGAGCAUGAAGAACAAGGUCAGCUCCGUGCUCGGCGAGCCCUUCUUCGGCGGAUCCAAGGGUGACUCCAGCAGCAGCACGCCGCCGUCCGCCGAGUCGCGGUAGAUCAUCAUCGUCAUCUAGAUAGCCUAAAAUACAUUAUAUCGUUCCAUAUUACCAUACAUAUGAGGCAUCAGUAAUUUA